CUUAAUAAGUCCAAUACGAAAUAUCUAGCAUAAGUUGAGGAUAUUUUAAUAGAAGAAUUCCUAAUAUGAUUUAUAAUAAACUAAAUUAGUUGACAAAAAAAGAAAAUAGAAAAGAAAUGAAUUAGAUAGGCGGAGUAGGAGGAAAGUGUAUAUGAAAUCUCUUUGACUCUCUAAAUCAGCAGCUCAUAUGUUGAAAUUCCGCACUCCCAAUUUCAGCAUUUCUUCAAUCUCGCUUUCCCAACCCUCUCAAAAAUCCCCCAAAUCGGACCCCCCACCGUCCUACCACUCAUAGAAAUCCAUUUUAUCUUUUGUAGAUUCAAAAUUUCCUUUUCUUGGUUUGAGAAUCCCUCCAUUUCUAGAUUGCAUCAGGUAAUUGGAUUGGAAAGGAUAGAUUUUGUUUGGGGGUCACUAUAAAUCGGCACUUCUCUCAUUCAACUUCGGAUUUUUCAGAAACCCUACUGGCUGAAAGAUCGGGAUAAGUGAAGAAAUCUGAGAUUUGAAGAUUUAGCUCUAUUCGAUUGGAUUUGUAUGUGGUUGAUUUGGUCGGUGAUAGGCUAGGAUUUUACUCGAUCUUGUGUUUGUGAUUUGAGUUUUGCUGGAGAAAAAUGGGUAAUUGUUGUGCAGUACCGCAAACUUCUGAUGAGCAGAAGCCAAACCCUUACUUCGAUGGGAAACCUGUUCCAAAUGGUGGGCUUAAAUCUUAUGUGUUGGAGAAUCCAACAGGGCUUAACAUAGAGGAGUUUUAUGAGCUGGGGCGGGAGCUCGGGCGGGGUGAAUUUGGGAUCACGUAUAUGUGUACUGAUAAAAGCAGUGGAGAGAUUCUUGCUUGUAAGUCUAUAUCAAAGAAGAAGCUGAGGACUAGAGUGGAUAUUGAAGAUGUUAAGAGAGAGGUUGAGAUCAUGAAGCAUUUGCCUAAGCAUCCGAAUAUAGUGACGUUGAAGGACACAUAUGAGGAUGAUAGUGCAGUCCACUUAGUCAUGGAGUUGUGUGAGGGUGGUGAGUUGUUUGAUAGGAUUGUUGCUAGAGGUCAUUAUACUGAAAGGGCUGCUGCAGCUGUGACUCGCACGAUUGUUGAAGUUAUUCAGAAUUGUCAUAAGCACGGAGUCAUACAUCGCGAUCUCAAACCUGAAAACUUCUUGUUUAGCAAUAAGAAGGAAACAGCACCACUGAAAGCUAUCGAUUUUGGGCUGUCUGUCUUCUUCAAGCCUGGCCAGACAUUUGAUGAGAUAGUCGGAAGUCCCUAUUAUAUGGCUCCAGAGGUGCUGAAAAGGAACUACGGUCCAGAAAUCGACGUCUGGAGUGCUGGUGUGAUUCUAUACAUAUUACUCUGUGGUGUUCCACCAUUUUGGGCUGAAACCGAACAAGGAGUUGCCCAAGCGAUCAUUCGUUCUACUGUGGACUUCAAACGAGACCCUUGGCCCAAAGUUUCUGAUAGAGCAAAGGAUCUGGUGAAGAAGAUGCUCAAUCCUGAUCCCAAACAACGGCCCACAGCACAAGAAGUUCUCGAUCAUCCUUGGUUACAAAAUGCAAAGAGUGCUCCAAAUGUUUCUCUGGGUGAAACCGUCAGAGCUAGGCUCAUGCAAUUUUCUAUGAUGAAUAAGUUGAAAAAAAGAGCUCUAAGGGUGAUUGCUGAGCAUUUGUCGGUUGAGGAAGUUGCGGGGAUAAAGGAGGGAUUCAAAUUGAUGGAUACAGGCAACAAGGGGAAGAUCGACAUCAAUGAGUUGAGAGUUGGAUUACAUAAGCUUGGUCAUCAAAUCCCCGAAUCUGACCUUGUAGUUCUAAUGGAAGCGGGCGAUGUGGAUAAGGAUGGAUAUCUCGACUGUGCGGAGUUUGUUGCCAUUUCUGUACACCUAAGGAAGUUGGGAAAUGAAGACCAUCUGCGCAAGGCUUUUGACUUUUUUGAUAAAAACGGAACUGGGUAUAUAGAGAUCGAAGAGCUGAGGGACGCCUUCGCUGAUGAGCCGGAAGCUACCAGUGAAGAGGUCAUAAAUGCCAUUAUUCAAGAUGUAGACACGGACAAGGAUGGUCGUAUAAGUUACGAGGAGUUUGCUGCAAUGAUGAAAUCGGGCACCGAUUGGAGAAAAGCGUCCAGGCAAUACUCGCGAGAACGAUACAACAGUCUUAGCUUGAAAUUGAUGGAGGAUGGCUCCUUGCAGAAGAACAAUGAGGGUAGAUAGUGAGGUGAACACUGACUUGCUUCGACUUGAGCGGAAAAAAAAAAAAACAACGAUAGUUUCGUGCUGUUCGCCUGUUGAGACUGCAAGAACUUCAAGCAAAAACAGACGAUGGUUUCGGCUCUAAUUCUUUCUUCUUUGAUUAUAUUCAAGUUAAAUGUGCCUGGUUGUAAGAUUCUUUUGGUUGAGGAUGACAAAAAAUAGGUCAUUGGUGUUCAUGUUACUCUGAUUUGUGUGGUUUGUUUGUUGUUGCUAUUCUGGGAUAGAGAUUCGGAGAUAUUAAGGAUCUUUUAAUGUGUAUGUUUCUGGUAAGAAUUGUAAUAUCUUUACAGUUGUAUAUAGACAUAUUCUUCAACUUUCAAAAUUCUACACGAGCGUUAUUAUUCUA